CGCUUCCGGUUCCGGCGCCAUUUCCGGGCCGCUGGCUGCGCCGGGUGGGGGUGGUAGCGACAUGGUGCUGCUGGAGAGCGAGCAGUUUCUGACGGAGCUGACGAGGCUGUUCCAGAAGUGCCGCACGUCGGGCAGCGUCUUCAUCACCCUCAAAAAAUAUGAUGGUCGAACAAAACCAAUCCCACGGAAGGGCCACAUAGAAGGAUUUGAGCCAGCGGACAACAAGUGUCUUCUGAGGGCAACAGAUGGGAAAAAGAAGAUUAGCACUGUGGUAAGCUCAAAGGAAGUAAAUAAAUUCCAGAUGGCCUAUUCCAACUUGCUAAGAGCCAACAUGGAUGGCUUGAAGAAGAAAGACAAGAAAAGCAAAAACAAGAAAAGUAAAGCAACGCAGUGAGGGAAUGGAACGUCUCCCAUCAAUGCAAUUCAUUCAGAUACUUGCCUUCAGUAAAGUCCAUUUCUUGAGUUACCUUUGGCUUUACAUCCAGCAGAAUACUGGGAUGUGACCAAUAGUCUUCUAAACUGGAGGCAAAGAGUGCUUUCUGUGGAUUCCUGUAUAGUGGGAGUAUUUACUGUGUUAUACUGAAAUAGUUUCACUCAGCUGCCAACUAGUUUUGUACUUGUAUUGCUGUUCUAUUUUGUAUUUUAACUUGAGAUGGGAGGGAGGCAGCAGAGAAGGAGAGAGGCCUGGUCACAAGGAAACGCCAGGACAGGAUCUUGAGUCUCUGUGACUGAAAGCCUAGUAUGAACUACUGGGAAAGUGGA